GGAACAGCAACGUCAACAUCAAUUUGUCUGAAAGUCUUAUCGUGUGCGUCGCAUCGCUUCAAUUAUACUCAGAAUACUACUCUUCAAACUGAGAGUGAUCGCCGAACCUCAUCGGGGAAGACUGUCGAGAAAAAAGAUGGCAACUUGCCCCAGGGAUCAUCUGUCCAAUACCAGCGCAAAACACGCACGCGACCUUAUCUCUCCAUCACGGAAGUGGUGUGCCGUCUUCCACACCAUGACAUCAACAGCUUAAACCUUUUCAAUUCUACCCAGCCAAACGUACCACAAAUUGUCAGACGCACUACCCUUUGUGGAAUCGCUCCGGUCUCCCCAUUGCGGCCCGACAUGGGAAUGAACCUUCUGGUGGGGGACUGGUCCGAAAGAUAUGGAUCCUUGGGCAUAAUAUAAAAAAUUUCCUCCCCUCCCCUUCUCUCUGCGAUCGCUGCUCUGUUCUAACCUAGGAAAUCGCUAUCGCAUACAGACAAUGUCUUGCUGACUCUCGAUCGAUAUCCUGCAUACCCAUACCUAUCCUCCUUAACGCGUGUGAAUGCGGCUCCAAGGAGCCGUUUGCCCCAAGACGACUUAACAAGACCCCACUACCAAGUACCACUGCAAAUCGACGCGGAUGGCCGUUCCAUCAGCUCGCGAUCUCGAUGAAGUCCUUCCGGGUACACGACGUCUCUUCGCCGACGAGCACGCCAGUGUCGCUUCCGGUGAUGCCAGUAUCGAAAAGCACGGCGAUGUCAUCCUCGUCCCCCCUCCGACAAAGUCUCCCAAUGAUCCAUUGAACUGGAGUCUUGCGCGCAAGACCUGGCAUUCGUUUCUCGUGUGCUACAUUGUCGCUUUGACCGCCGCCACCUCCAAUGUCGCCGGCGCUGCAAGCACAGGUGUCAAUGAACAAUACGGGAUUAGUUACGAUGUUUUCAAUACGGGCGCUGGUGUGCUCUUUGUCGCAAUCGGAUACUGGACGCUUCUCAGCUCGCCUGCGACGCAUCUUUACGGACGACGAAUUCUAUACUUGGUAGGGACGGUAUGGGGUCUUAUUGGCAACAUUUGGUUCGGCCAUUUGAAGAACACCGGCGACACGAUCUGGUCCCAGCUCUUUGUCGGGGCUUCCGAGUCUGUCGCUGAGGCCGUUGUUCAAUUGUCUCUGCUGGACAUUUGGUUCGAGCACCAGAAUGGUACUUCGCUGGGUAUGUAUACCCUUGCCACUACAGUCGGAACCUAUGUUGGUCCUUUGAUCGGAGGCCAUUUGGCAGAGAAUGUCGGGUGGCGCUGGAUUGGCCACAUGGGCGCAAUUGCCUCAGGCUUCACCCUCGUCCUCUUUUACUUCGGUCUUGAGGAGACAGCCUUUGAGCGCAAUCGCUACCUCAACCUCCACCAGGCUGAGGAGCGCGACGCCAGCCGCGGCAAUGUUGAGGGUAUUCCCGCGGCUACUGGCGACCAUGUUGUCACCAAGGAUGCCGAGGAGAAGAACCUAUCGCCUCCAAUUGACGAAGAAGCUGCGAUCUCUCAAACCGCAUCUGCAGUGCGACGAGAGGAGGUCGAGCGCAACAGACUCGAGGCCUCGUUCGCGCGCAAGAAGUCUUACUGGCAGCGCAUUGCUCUUAUCACUCCAGCGUCCAACCUGCGCGGUUUGGGAUUGACGCAGUAUGUCCACCGCCUGUGGCACACGAUGCGCAUCUUUUCCUUUCCCGCAGUUUGGUUCGCUGGUCUUCAGUGGGGAAUGCAGAACAUUGCAUUGUCCUUCUACCUCACCGUCGAGGAGGAUUACUGGGUGAACGAGCCGUACAACUACAGCGACUCUGCUGUCGCCAACAUGAACAUUCCUUGUCUGAUUGGAAGUGUCAUCGGCUGUUUCUACGGCGGAUACUGCAGCGACAAGUUCAUCCUCUGGAAGGCUAAACGUAACAACGGCAUUAUGGAGGCCGAGUUCCGUCUCUACCUCAUGGCCCUCUGCGUGAUCAUCUUCCCAUUGGGUAUGUGGCUAUUCGGUAUCGGCUCAGCGCAUGGUUGGGACUGGCCUGUUCCCUACGUCGCGCUGGGCUUUAUCGGCUUCGGCUACGGUUGCGCUGGUGAUCUGAGCAUCACGUAUCUAGCCGACAGCUAUCCCGACAUGGUUCUCGAGGGCAUGGUUGGUGUCGCCGUCAUCAACAACACCCUCGCCACCAUCUUCACAUUCGUGUGCAGCUACUGGAUCGACACCGGUCUACAGAACUCCUUCAUCGAGCUUGGUGUUCUUAGCUUUGUCAUUAUCAUGUCGUCGCUGCCCAUGGCUAUUUGGGGCAAGGCGUCGCGUCGCUGGACUUUGGAGCGGUAUGCCAACUUCUUGCGCAUUCGCGAUGGUAUGGACGGUUGAAAGGAGGAUAGGUAUCAUUCCUUUUCCUUGGGCAGACCGAGUGGUCUGAAUCGACAGGUUGUGUUUAUGGUCAGAGUCAAGGCUUGCUAAUAGUUCAAGCUUACUCCGGCUGUAACAGAUUUGAGUCUCGGGUGCUUCGCUGAAGUGAAGCAUCAUUAUUUGUGUUCUCCAGAUAUUGUUUUAUAUAUGCUUAAUAAGUAUUUACCCCGGCUAAUGAAUGUUUUGGUCUAUACAUCGGUGUCCUGUUGCCCAACAACUCUGCGACGCCAGUCUACCUGUUGGUUGCAGGCCCCAUGCCAUCCAUUGCUUGCGAAUCCCCGCCGCAGAAGCAACAUCUUGUCAAGCACCCCCUGACAGUGACUCGACCCUAUCCUUUUCUCCCUAGCCUCCGUGAAGCCUUACCCGUUCAGUAUAUCAGCUCCUCUGACAAGACCCUUAAUGCAACUGAUUUCCCAAUCCAGAACUCGUGGACCAAGACUUUAAAUAGUCUCCCCCUUAUUUUCCACUUCUAUUCCCGAAACUAUCACGAGGCCCGACAAACACUGAAAAAGACCGUUUGACCUUCCCUUUAAUGGAUCUCAGCUUGUGCUUAGUGCGAUCUAGAUCGCCUCGUUAACAGCUCAUGCCCCUUUGACGGUUGGGUCUGUGGCGUUUAGGAUAUCUGACUAGGAGCUGCCAACGGUGCGCUAGUUGUAGAAAACGUGGGAAAUCGAUGGACGAUGGCGAUAACCUCGUGGUGCUAGGCGUUCUUUUUAUUAAAACCGUUGGGGCUUUUUAUCGGUGUGGGAAGGGUUUUCAGGGGAAGGGUAUGUUCAAUGUGGAGUUGGCAUAGAGCUGAGGUGAAGUAGUUGUGUAUAAAGAGCACACAAAUAUCCCACAUCCUCAUCAUUUUCAGUAAAUUAUUCACUCAAGUCUACCAGAAAACAAUCAAUUAAGCUUCUUAAAUUUCUCUCUGAC